AAGGCGGCUACUACCGACACCAGUCUUGGAGGGGACUACGGUGUACCCACCCCAGGCCCCGCCUUCAAGGAGGUGUGGCAGGUCAAGGUGUGGCCAAAGGGGCUGGGCCAGGCCAAGAACCUGGUGGGCGUCUACCGGCUGUGCCUGACCGACAAGACGGUCAACUUCGUCAAGCUCAACUCAGACGCCGCCGCCGUGGUCCUGCAACUGAUGAAUGUGCGGCGCUGCGGUCACUCCGAGAACUUCUUCUUCGUGGAGGUUGGUCGUUCCGCGGUCACGGGCCCCGGGGAGUUCUGGAUGCAGGUGAGAUGAGAUGUAACACAGGCCCAGUCUCUGGGGUUACAGCUCUGAAUGGUUACUGUGUUUUGAUUGGCAAGCUGUGUAUUCAUCCUAAUGCAUGACCAUUUGAUGUUGGCUAAACUUAAAGGAAAAGAGACAGUAGGGAAUUUGUUAUGGGUUAGGUUAAGUUUAGGUUAAAGGUUAAGGUUAUGGAUUAGAGGUUAGAACAUGUGGCCGACUCGACAUGUGGUUGUAAACCCAUAGAGUAUAACUGUUCUGUCUCAUGCAGGUGGAUGACUCUGUGGUGGCCCAGAACAUGCAUGAGACCCUGCUGGAAGCCAUGAAGGCCCUGAGCGAGGAGUUCCGCCAGCGCAGCAAGUCACAGUCCAACUCCGGACCAGGAGGGGGCGCUACAGCCUCCAACCCCAUCAGCGUCCCCUCGCGACGCCACCACCCCAACCCGCCCCCCAGCCAGGUGGGCUUCACCCGCAGGCCCCGCACUGAGCCGCCUGGAGGGGCUGGAACUGGGGGCAACAGUGCCAACGCAUCGCCCACUCCCCGCCACAGCUUCCCCAGGUCACGCACAGCCAGUGACGGGGGUAAAGGUGAAGAAGGAGUGGGUGGAGUGUGUGGAGGGGUAGGGCAGAGUUCCAGUCCUACUACCAACGGGUCCUACUCCACCACGCCCAUCCUCAAGUCCAAAUCGGCCUGCUCGGCCCCCACCCUGGCCAAGAACAACCCCCUGGGCCUGAUGCGCUCCAUCUCCAGCCCAGCCCCCUCCCCGGCCCCCAGCCUCUCCUCCAGCUCUGGCCACGGCUCAGAGUUUGGGGUAGUGGUUGGUGCGACCGGAAGAGGUGGUGGAGGAGCAGGGGGCGGUGCAUACAGCCGCGUCCCCUCCCACAAUGCUUCCGUGUCGGGCUCCCCCAGCGACUAUGGCUCCUCGGACGAGUACGGCUCCAGCCCUGGGGAGCAAUCCUCCCACUCCCUUCUGGCCCCCUCCCCCAACAUGCCUGGAGGGUCAGCCGGGUCGGGCGGCCUGGGCGGCCAUGGUCAAUCCCUGGAUGACGAGGCUGCUAACUACAUCCUAAUGGGCCAGUGUAGUGGAGCCACGUCAUCUGGCUCUCUGCCUGCUGGUGCAUCCAGCUCAGCCCCUUCCCACCAGCCCCAGACCAGGAGGGUCCUGCGGCGCUCCUCCAGCCGGGAAUGUGAUGCCGAGAGGCGGCUGCUGAGCAAGCGGGCGUCCCUGCCGCCCAUGGCCCUGGAGCGCCUGGUCCCACGGCCCCGCAGGGGGGAGGAGGAGCAGGACGAGGACGCGGCCGACUACGCCAUUAUGUCACGCAGCACUAGCAGGGAGUCCUUCACCACCUCCUCUUCACGGAGAGACUCUGAGAUAAGCCCCGGUGGAGGGGUGGGAGGAGGGGGGUACCUGGACGUGGCUGGAGCGUUGGGUAGAGGUGGAGGUAUAGUGCGGGAUAACGGCUACAUGUCCAUGCUACCGGGAGGAGUGACCCAACCCCCUGUCUCCCUCACCAACUCGCUUUCCACCUCUGUUGCCGACGAGUCCAAGCCAGCGGACGACUACAUGGCCAUGACACCCAACAACAGCGUAUCACCGCCACAACAGAUCCGGCCCCCUCCCGGAGACGGCUACAUGAUGAUGUCACCCAACAGCAGCUGUUCUCCAGACCAGCGUGGUGGCCUGGCAGGCGGGGCCUGGGUGGGCAGCAGCAGCGCAGACAGCCGGGCGGGCAGCGACUACAUGAACAUGUCCCCCAUCAACGCCCGCUCGGCCAACAGCAGCCCCCCUCCCCCCGAGCAACUCCCUCAGGCAGACCACCAUCCCCUUCAGCAGGCCCCCAAGAUGGUCUACUCCUACUACUCACUGCCCCGCUCCUACAAACACACGCCACCUGGUGGACACUUUGAGGACGGCCGAGGCAGGAGGCCCAAUGGGAGCGGUGGUAGUAGAGGGGUUGGCAGGGCAGUGAGUGGUCGUCAGGACCCAAAUUUGGGUGCGGUCCAAGGUCGCCACCUGUCCUUCUCCUCGUCCUCAUACUCCUCCAGCUCGGCCAGCAGCGAGAGCCUAGGGGAGAACGAGGAUAGGUCUUCCCAGGGAGCAGGCCCUUCAGGUGGGGGAGCUCACUCUAAAGACAUAGGGCUCCUCCAGCAGAGACAGGCGGCCCCCAAGCAGGGCCAGCAAGGGCGAGCCAGGACCCGGCCGGUCAGCCUGUUUGUGGACGUGUCCAAAGCCAACACCCUCCCCAGGGUCCGGGAGAACCCCCUCCCCCCGGAACCCAAGAGCCCAGGGGAGUACGUCAGCAUCGAGUUCAAGCGGGACAAAAGCACCAGAGGAGGGCCAGGAUGUGGGGGAGGGAGGGGACUCAGACAUGGGAUGUCCCUCCCUCGCGGUUCCAGCCAGCGCCCCUCACACCAGCCCGCGUCCUGCCUGGGGGGGUUCCUGCCUCUCUCCUGCAGUCCCUCGGCCCCCCUGACGCCCCUCACCCCUCCAUUAGCCUCUGAGUAUGUCAACAUGGACCUGGGGCCCUCUCCGUCCCCCUCGCCCCUCUCCCUGACACCGCUGGGCUUCCCUUCCUUCCCCACCCCUCCUACGCCCCCUCCCAUAGCCCGGGCACCCAAGGCCCACGGCGAGCUCAGGGUGUCCCCUCAGCAGCAAGGGGGAACCGAGGGGGCUGAAGCGGGAUCCAGGAUAAACAGACAGACUACCCCCGUGGUGGUGACUCAAUCAGAGUCCCCUACCUCCUGCGGGGACUAUACAGAGAUGGCCUUCAGCCUGAACAACAACACCGUUGCCAGCUCGACGUCCAAUAACACCUCCCCCAAAGCCUCCUCCCCAGCCAGGCCCGAGCCCCCAGUCCCUGUCCUCACCCUGGGCUUGGACUUCCCCCUGGCCAAAACCGGGCCCAAAGUGAUCCGGGCCGACGCCCAGGGCCGCAGACGCCACUGCUCCGAAACCUUCCUCGCUUCCCCCUCUCUCCCUCCCCAAUCCUCCUCUUCCUCCUCCUCCAACUCCUCGUCGGCCGCCUCCCUCUUCCCGGAGCACGCCCAGGCUGUGGCUCGCAGGCUGGGGUUUGAGGGCAUGCUGUGGGGAAACGGAGCAUCAGCCGAGCAGCUCCCCUUGCAGUUCCUCCAUCCCGGGCCGGGCCUGCCCUCUGCCCAGGCUUUAUCCAUGGAGCAGGGCCUCAACUACAUAGACUUGGACUUGGCUAACAAAGAGAGCCCUCAUUCAGCCCUAGACGGGUCUUCAACUGUCCAGGCCAACCCCCUUCGCCUCUACUCGUCCAUGCUCACUGGGGGGGCUGGGGCGGGGGUGUCCGGGGCUAGAGUGGGGGGCAGUGUAGGCUCCAACCUCAACACCUAUGCCAGCAUCGACUUCUACAAGUCAGAGGAGCUGCGAACGCAUCAGAACGGAAACAAGGAUGGUACA